AUGGACGAUGGAGUGAUUGAUAACCUUGGUUUUGAGGAAUGCCUAUAUAAAGGCCUUAUUCACACAGCCAACGGAGGGGGGCGCUGCGAACACAGCCGCGGGCGCACACAGCUGCCGCAACUUCUUCUUCUUCUCCAUCUUCCGGCCACCCCUGCUGCUCCUCUGGCCACACCAAGCUCGAAGACCACGCUGUUCUAUCCCUCCAUUCUUGCAUCACCUCCAACUCACCCUCAUUCGCCCCCUCAUAGCAGCACCGCCGUCGCCGUGAACUCCUCACGGUUUCUCAGAAAAUUCAAACAGUUGCCGAUGGAGCCGGCGCUGCACACACUCCAGGAGGUAGACACACAGCCUGGUUCCCUCAACUCUCUCCAUCUCCUUCACGCACAAGUAGCUCCGGCGUAUCCCACUAAGUCACAGAACCCCCUGCCAGAGUACCAGCAACCAUCAACCGCACCACCCUCCACUGCGGAUCACCACGAUUCCAAUUCAGACCCCAGGACCUCCGGUGACACACACACACGCCCGAGCCCUACCAGCCAUGCCGCUGGUUCCCCCAAGGUCUCCGGCUAUCCCACCCGGGGCUUUGGUGAGCUCCCCACGGUACCCCCUGCUGGUUUUGAGGAAUGCCUAUAUAAAGGCCUUAUUCACACAGCCAACGGAGGGGGGCGCUGCGAACACAGCCGCGGGCGCACACAGCUGCCGCAACUUCUUCUUCUUCUCCAUCUUCCGGCCACCCCUGCUGCUCCUCUGGCCACACCAAGCUCGAAGACCACGCUGUUCUAUCCCUCCAUUCUUGCAUCACCUCCAACUCACCCUCAUUCGCCCCCUCACAGCAGCACCGCCGUCGCCGUGAACGCCUCACGGUUUCUCAGAAAAUUCAAACAGUUACCGACGGAGCCGGCGCUGCACACACUCCGGGAGGGAGACACACAGCCUGGUUCCCUCAACUCUCUCCAUCUCCUUCACGCACAAGUAGCUCCGGCGUAUCCCACUAAGUCACAGAACCCCCUGCCAGAGUACCAGCAACCAUCAACCGCACCACCCUCCACUGCGGAUCACCACGAUUCCAGUUCAGACCCCAGGACCUCCGGUGACACACACACACGCCCGAGCCCCACCAGCCAUGCCGCUGGUUCCCCCAAGGUCUCUGGCUAUCCCACCCGGGGCUUUGGUGAGCUCCCCACGGUACCCCCUGCUUUCUUCAUAACUUCCAUCUCCGCUACAACGGUGGAGACCUUCGCUUUCCAGGUGAACGCCUCUUCUUUAAGCUACUGGUUCUCCAUUUCCAUUGUCUACAUCCAGAGAACUAUACCCCCUAUUUGA